AUGAUUGGAGGACUGUUUCUUUACAACCAUAAGGGCGAAGUACUGAUUUGUCGUAUCUUCCGUGACGACAUAACUAGGGAUGCUGUGAAUGCUUUCCGCGUCAGUGUCAUACAUGCUAGGCAACAGGUUAGAUCCCCUAUCGUCCUCAUAGGCAGGACGUCGUUUCUUCAUCGAAGAUGCGGUACAGUAUGGAUGGCAGCCGCUACGCGUAUGGACUCGAAUGCUGCUGCUAUCUUCGAGAUUCUACAGAGAUUAGCCACAACAAUGACGGACUACUUUGGGAAAAUCACGGAGGAUAGCAUUCGCUCCAACUUUGUCCUGAUCUACGAAAUACUUGAUGAACUAAUUGAUUUUGGCUAUCCUCAAAUGACAGAUGCUACCGUACUAAAGACUUAUAUAACACAAGCAGGAGUCCGCGGUGUAACAAAAGAGGAGCAGCAACAAAUUACUAGUCAAGUCACUGGUCAAAUAAGUUGGCGGCGCGAAGGGAUAAAAUAUCGUCGUAAUGAGCUUUUCAUUGACGUCGUGGAAUGUGUCAACCUGUUGAUGAAUCAGAAAGGGCAAGUUCUAUCAGCUAACGUUGCAGGGAAAGUUCUGAUGAAAUGCUUUUUAUCAGGAAUGCCAGAAUGUAAAUUCGGUAUCAACGAUAAAAUCACUCUGCAACAAUCCAGCAGUCGAAAUCAGACGGACGAUGCUACAAAAUCAGCCCGAACUGUAGUUGCGAUUGACGACAUUCAAUUCCAUCAGUGUGUCCGUCUUGGAAAAUUUGAGACUGACCGAGCCAUUUCUUUCGUGCCUCCAGAUGGUACAUGUGAAUUAAUCAAGUACCGCACAACUCAGGAUAUUAAACUGCCUUUUCAUGUGAUUCCUUUGGUCAGGGAAGUUUCCAAGUCGAAGCUUGAAUUGAAGGUUGUCCUCAAAGCUGAGUAUAAGCAAAACCUUGUUGGACAAAAGAUUGAAGUGCGUAUUCCCACACCACCGAACACCUGCGGAGCCACUUUACUGUGUAUGAAAGGAAAAGCCAAAUACAAGCCAGGUGAAAAUGCUAUAGUGUGGAAGAUAAAGCGAUUAGCUGGUGGGAAGAAGGUGCAGAUUUCUGCGGAUGUGGAUCUUCUGACGAUUGGAGUUCAGGCUUCGAAACGUUGGGACCGUCCACCAGUCAGUGUUAAUUUUGAAGUGCCUUUUGCUCCAAGUGGCUUCAAAGUUCGAUACCUGAAAGUAUUUGAAUCUAAGCUGAAUUAUUCCGAUCAUGACGUUAUCAAGUGGGUGCGCUAUAUGGGAAGAUCUGGUAUCUAUGAAACACGUUGCUAA